AUGAAGUUCAGCACCGCCAUGGCAGCCUGCAAGGGGAAGGGUGUGCAGGUGGGCCGCAGGUGGCCCAGCUGCAGCCCAUAUUCACCACCACUGGUGGGCAGCAGUCCUAUGCUGCAGAUCCUCUGCAGCCUGGGCUGCCACCAGCGGCAGCCCAUUUUCAUCUCCACCAGCAGGCAGCAGCCCUACGCUGCACAUCCUAAGCAGCCUGAGCUGCAGGCAGCCCAGCCCCAGCCCACAUUCACUGAUGGUGGAUCCAAUGGUGGCACCAGCGACAGCAGGGGCAAGGAGGACGACUUCAUAGAGUUUUAA